AUGUGCAACUACAUCCUCAGCGUCGUCAAGUGCCGCCAGUGCGGCCGCACCACCAGCCAGAACAAGGCCGACUACGUGUACUGCCCGUCCUACCGCAACGGCAUCUCGUGCCAGGUCAUCGAGCGCGGCCGCAACACGCGCCUCGUCUGCUGCUCCAACUGCCAGAACUCCUACCAGCCGGCUCCGGGCGUCGGAGGCCCUCUGCGCGAGGAAGACGACGGGUCCCUUUCCGACUCGGAGAACGAGACCCGGCUCUGAAGAGCGUCCCUGUGUCCUGUCGAGAACUCCACGCGCUUGUGAGUACAUGUGUCUUUGGCCGGUGGGACAGCAAGUCGAAAGUUUGCUAUUAAAGUGCUGGUUACGGGACGGGUUUUCGGGCAGACCAACAGAAGUGCAAUCACUGGUACGAAGACGCUCGUUUGCAAGACUUUGGAAGAUAGCCGAAUGCCUAGUCUAAGCCUAAUAUCUGUAUAUCUAGUACCCGAACGAGCCCGCUUCCUGUCUCAAGAGAUUACACGUCGUUGUCUUGAGGGACGAUUCACCAACACUUUUUCUAAGCCAUCCACCUCGUUUGGAGAAGCUGCAUCUUGACUUGAUCCCAGUGUCAGGAUCUUUAUUUACAGUGACUCUUAAUUAUUAUUUCACACAAACCCCCCCCCCCCCCCCCCACC